CAGAGAGCAGGCUGGAAGUGAGGGACACAGGAGGCCCGGAUCAGACCGCCUGACUGGCUUCUCCACACCGGAUCCACCGGCUGUGAGACCCUCCGGCCCGGACCCGACCUGCUACCCGCGCCCGCGUCUCUCUGUCUGUCGGAGGUAUACGUGGCAGAUUAGUGAGCAUGUCCUCCUCUUGAGGCUGAAGUGAGCUUUUACCUGCUGCUCAGAAGAAACAGACGAGUCUGUCUGAUCGCGGCCAUGGCCCACGGCACCAGUAUCCAGUAUGAGCCAGUGGCAGAGAUCGGAGGAGGCGCCUACGGGACGGUUUAUAAAGCCCGAGACACAGAGAGCGGGCAGUUUGUGGCUCUGAAGAGCGUGCGUGUCCAGACGGACCAAAAUGGCCUCCCGGUCUCCACAGUCAGAGAGGUGGCUCUGUUGAGAAGGCUGGAGCAGUUUGACCACCCCAAUGUGGUCAGACUGAUGGAUGUAUGUGCCACCCAGAGGUCGGACCAGGAGACUAAAGUCACUCUGGUGUUUGAACAUGUGGACCAAGACCUCAAGACGUACCUAGACAGAGCCCCAGCUCCAGGAUUAUCUCCUGGCCACAUUAAAGACCUGAUGAGGCAGUUGCUGUGCGGUCUUGCAUUCCUUCACUCUAACCGCGUGAUGCACCGAGACCUGAAACCAGAGAACAUUCUGGUCACCAGCCAGGGCCAGGUGAAGCUGGCUGACUUUGGACUGGCCAGGAUCUACAGCUGCCACAUGGCCCUUACUCCUGUGGUGGUGACGCUGUGGUACCGACCUCCUGAGGUUCUGCUGCAGUCCAGUUACGCCACACCUGUAGAUAUCUGGAGCACCGGCUGCAUCUUCGCUGAGAUGUUCAGGCGCAAACCUUUGUUCUGCGGAGAAUCAGAGGUGGACCAACUUGGGAAAAUUCUUGAAGUUAUUGGCUUGCCACCGGAGGAGGAGUGGCCGACUGAUGUUACUCUCUCAAGAAAAAACUUCCCCCCUCUCUUACCUCGCCCAAUCACUGACUUUGUUCCAGAGAUAAAUGAGCAGGGGGCGCAACUAUUGCUGAAAAUGCUGACCUUCGACCCCUUCAAACGAAUAUCUGCCCUGAAUGCCCUAGAACAUCCAUAUUUCCGGGACGAGGAGACAUUGACUCAGACAAAAAGCUGAAAUGAUGCAGUGAAACGUGCAGCGAGAGGUAACAGUGUCUAAGUUUAGACCUGGCCUAACCAUAAAGGAUUUCAAUUGCCUUUCAAGACAUCUGGGUUUUGCUUUGGGAAUUUUUUUUUUGUCAAUCCUGCAUCAAAAAAAGGAUGAAAGCCUGGGAAACGGAAUAAAAAAAAAGAAGAGGAACGAACUUACGGAUCACUGGCAUGUUUUCCAACAUGUAAAUGUCACAAUUAAUGAUGUUAACAUGUCACGUCUUCAAGGACAGUACCAGUGUUUUUGAUGUCUGAUUCCAGUCUCGUCAGCAGGGAUUGAUAAACAGAAACGUCUGUCAUCUCCUCUGACAUGUUGCUCCCAUUAUUUUUGUACAGUGUUUUAGACAGAAGGAAGCGGAGAUGUUGGCUUUUUGUGUUCCAGGCUGAACAAUGUCUGACAGAAGUGACACCUCAGGGUUAGAGCAGCCAGUUGUCAGUGAUUUUACUGUAUUUGUAUUAAUAUUUAUCCCACAAAAGGAACAAAAAGACCAUGAGCCUGUGACGGGCAUCAAGCUGUCUGAAAAUCAUGAGGAAAAGAAAGAAUAGCCCGAAGAAGGAGAAGAAAAACGCACAAGAAAGUUACACACAAAAAUACUGGUAUUCUCCUUUAAUACUCUGAUAAAAAAGAAAUAGUUUCUUUGGAGGACUGAAGGGUUUGACUUCAUUUCGUGUUUAACGUGUUUUGCUAAAACCAUCUGAUAUCAACCAGCACUGCAACUACAAAUGAAUAAAAAAUGUUUUAAUCACAUUCAGAUUUCAUUUGUGUAUUAUUAUACAGAUGGCAGUUGGUGUAAAAUGACUAAAUGUGGUCCUAUAAACACCGAAAUGGACUGAAAUGUUUUGUGAAAAAUGCCAAGCUCUGUAUUAACAGUAACAAAAAUAAAA